GUUACCGCAUCCAGUCACUGUGUAUGAUCUCGAGACACUCGAGCGUCUGUGUAUACUUGUUUCCGCAUUUGCGAUUAUCGCUACGCAAACAGUUAAUCUUUAGGUUGACCGAAAGCGCCAAAUUCUUCUCGAAAGUAAUGGAAUCAUCUGUGGAUCCGAAGCCACCCAAUCUGCUCAUUUAUAGCGGCACUGACAGCAAUGCUGACAAUAACUUUCGAUCAUUGUCUGAUGUUGUGCGUCAAGUUGUCGACUGCACCAACAGAUACACUCUCUACCAGUUGCCACACAAAGAUGUCGUCCAAUCAGCACCGUGGGCCGACAAUACGGUAGCUCUGAUGGUCAACAGUGAGAGCAUCAGUGCAAGCGUGCAGACAGAGUUUGCUGAAUUCGCGAAGAGUGGAGGUCGAUUACUAGCAUUUGGCCCAUCGGUUGCUUCUCUUGCUAACCAGCUAAGCACUUUAGAAUCAACACAGCAACCGCUCUUUAUGAAAGACGAGUUAGAACCGAAGAGAAUCAAGCAAAAGGCUUUAUUCAAUGACGACGAAAUUCAAUUACACUUACUCUGCAACUCAUUUGAGCAUUCUGAGUUUAGACACUCAAACAUGACGGUCAUCGCUGAAGAUGUCAGCACACCCAAUUGUCCUGUCGUUAUGAAAAUGAGCUGUAAUACUGGGGUUGUGGUUCUGAGCUUGGCAAGGCUUGAUUUGACUCCUACCGAUCAAACCGUGCAAGACAUUGAGACGUUUGACAAGCUCAAAGCUUCGAACGAAUCCAGACUACUUUUGUUAGCGAAUUUAAUGAAAAUGUUAGGAUUGAAUGUGUCGUCGGUAUCCGAGGCUCCACCACUCACAAAAUGCUUCCUUGCCUGCACAGAAAUGUGCCAGAAGGGUUUGACUCGUGCACUUCAACGUGAAUUACGGGAUGGAUUUUUGCAGGGGAAGGUGAUGUCGAUGCGCUUUUCUGAUUUUGAUGCUCAAGAUCUUGUGGCAUCAGACAGUGAAUUGCCGGUUGUGUUUGGUCGUGAUGUGCCAGUUGGGCAUGGAUUUGAUUGGCAAGCCUUUGAGAAAGCUUUGAAAACACGAGUACUUGGUCGUGCACUGAUGUAUACUCAAGUGAUUAAGUCAACACAGACACUGCUUGAUAGCUGUCCAAAGUUCCUAAAGAACAUUCCUGAUGGCAUUGGAGUUGCUGCAGUAGCACAAAUACAGACCAGUGGAAGAGGUCGUGGCAGUAAUUUGUGGCUUUCGCCUCUUGGUUGUAUGAUGGUAUCAAUACAUCUUAGAGUUUUAGCUAAUUCACCGGUUUUCUCGAGGAUUACGUUUCUUCAACAUGUGGUGGCAUUAGCUGCAGUUCACGGUAUAAGGAGUCUUCCUGGUUAUGAGGAAGUGGAUCUUCGACUGAAGUGGCCCAAUGACAUUUACUAUGGCAGGACAAUGAAACUAGGCGGAGUGCUGGUGUCAUCGUUGAUGUUCUCUGAUAUGUACGAAUGUGUAGCAGGGUGUGGGAUGAAUGUGAGCAACAGCAAUCCAACGAUCUGUAUCAACGACAUCAUUGAAAUACUUAAUCGUUCUAAGGGACUGAAGUUACCGAAACUAACCGUCGAGCUGGCAUUAGCUCAAAUGCUGAACACACUCGAAUGUCUUUUGGAUCAGAUGGAUAAGAAUGGCGUCUCAUCUUUGAUCAAUUUAUAUUACCGAUACUGGAUUCAUGGUGGAAGCAGAGUAAGUCUCCAAAUGGAUGACAAGAUCAAGAAUGUGACAGUGACCGGUAUCGAUGAGCAUGGGUUUUUACUCGUGAAGGGCGAAGGAGGUGAAUCACAGACCGUGAUGCCUGAUGGAAACAGCUUCGAUGCGUUACGUGGUUUGAUCACAGUGAAGCAGAGAACUUAGUUUGAUGAAUGUGAUUUUGGUGUUAUGGUUACUUGUUGGACUGUACAAGAGGAUUAUCAAUUGACUGGUUUUAGUACGUCAUUCAGUGUGCAAGAUUUUUGUAUCCUUUUAUACACACGUAUGUACACAACACAUUUCGACUGAUUGCAAACUGCAGACGUCACCAGGUUGUGUACCUUGUGUCUGUUCACUCUGUUGCAUCAUAUGUCUAUUUAUAUAUAAUUACUUCUAAUUAACAUAUACGAGAAUUAUGUAGUGUAUAUAGGUAAUCAUUGUAUGGUUGUUAAUUUAUUUGUUAGCAUGGUCUGCACUCAUCACAACAAGAAAAUCAUUUUGAAGCAAGUUUAUCUUUUAUAUUGUGUCUGAGUGCAAGUAGAUGUCGACAUCGCAUUCGUUUUAUGUAAAGAAUUUACCC